CUGUACUGUGUCCGCAGUCUCUGGUCCAUCUCCUGUACUGUGUCCGCAGUCUCUGGUCCAUCUCCUGUACUGUGUCCGCAGUCUCUGGUCCAUCUCCUGUACUGUGUCCGCAGUCUCUGGUCCAUCUCCUGUACUGUGUCCGCAGUCUCUGGUCCAUCUCCUGUACUGUGUCCGCAGUCUCUGGUCCAUCUCCUGUACUGUGUCCGCAGUCUCUGGUCCAUCUCCUGUACUGUGCGCGUCUUAUGGAGUGAAAAAUACGGUAAUUUGGUGAUCUUUUUAAAU